AUGCCUGCUGUAAAGGAAGCCCCGGUAGAGACAUACGAGAAUGCCAUCAGACUCUUGAACUCAACUCAGUCGGGACACAAAGUCCUGGCUGAGAGACGACGUCAGGGCCAGAAAUUGGACUCGAGUGCGUUGAGGCAGAUGAGACAAUGGCUCGGCCGUCUCGGAUACACUCCUGGCGAUCUUAAUCGCUUGAACAUUCUUCAUGUCGCAGGAACCAAAGGGAAGGGGACCACAUGCGCUUUCACGCAAUCCAUCCUGCAGCAAUUCCAAGAUACUCUCGGUGUCCCGAAAAAGAUUGGUCUAUAUACAUCUCCUCAUCUGGUUUCCGUCCGAGAGCGUAUAAGAAUCAACUCAACCGCGAUAUCCGAAGACCUGUUCACGAAGUACUUCUUUGAGGUGUGGAACGCUCUCGGGUUGCCCUCUCUAAAUUCAUACUGGGAAGAUGGCCAGUUUGAAACGAGAAAGCCGACGUAUUUCAGAUUUCUUACCUUGAUGGCGUUUCACGUCUUCAUGCAAGAGGAUGUGGAUGUGGCCAUCAUUGAGGUCGGGGUUGGUGGGGAACUCGACUCUACCAACAUCAUCGAGAAGCCAGUCGCCGUGGCUAUUACGACUCUUGGAAUCGACCACGUUCAGACGCUUGGCGGGACUAUCGAGGAAAUAGCCUGGCACAAGGCAGGCGUCACGAAGAAUGGCUGUCCUGCAUUUACAAUUGAGCAGGUACCAGAAGCCAUGAGGGUUCUUGAGGCCAGAGCCCAGGAGAAAGACGCACAGCUUAUCAGGGUUUCCGCCGCCAUGAUUCCUCAGCACCUUAAGAUACGACCGGACGAAGAAUACCAAAGAAGCAACGCGUCUAUUGCUGUUGCAUUGGCGAGGGCUGUAAUCGACAAGAUGGAGAUCAGUGUCACAUGGUGUCCCACUGAUCUACCUACGCCUGUCAUUAAUGGACUCGAAAAUCUUAUCACAACCAACUCUACGAAAAUAGCGCAUGGGACCAAUGUAGCACUGCCAAACGGCAUCAAUAUGACGGUUGAGUCGGCAUUGUCAAACGCUCUUACAAGCUCCGGUUCGAGUCUCUCUUACAACGGCACAACGUUCACAGACGCCGAGCUCUAUGACUACUUUGGCAUUUACCUUGACAUGCCCAGAGGGGAAUUACCUAGGCCGAAGGCGAUUGAGGUCCUGUUUCAUUGGUGCAUCAACACCUAUGAGCCUGAGAUUAAGGACAACACUCUGAACAUGAAACUGGUUUUCUCACAUACCGAAAUACAACGAGGGGACGCUGUUGCACCGACCUGGUCAGACGAAGUCUUGAAAAAUGUCACAUAUCUCACGUCCCCGGCGGACGAAGCUGGCAAAUAUGUCUUUGGCGGCAGUGGACUGGGUGAAAUUUGGAACCUAUUCAAUAACUCUCUCAGCGGCUUCAGUGCCGACAGCGGAAGCAACCAGUUCAGCACUGGUAGCGACAUGCUUAUUAAUGCGGGCGCCGUUGCCACAAGCAUAAAUGAAAGCACGGAGGCUUGGUUGGAAGUUAUUGACGGAAUGGCCCGCAACAUUGCGAACGGGCUUACCAAUUCUCUUUUCGCUCCCGAGCCAAACGUUAAAGGCACAGCGUGGCAGAAUGAAGUAUACGUUCAAGUCAGAUGGCCAUGGCUAGUCCUCUUAGCCGCCCAAAUUCUCGUCUCCAUCAUUUGCCUUCUUUUGGUCAUGAUGGAAACUGCUAGAGCGGAUAUGGAUGUUGUUAAGAGCUCUACCAUUGCAGCGCUUUUUGCGAUCAGUGCCGAGGAGAAGGCUGACCUGAAGCGUCGGUUAGAGGAAAACAGCGAACAUCUCAUAGGCAGAGAGGAUGAUUCUCGCCUGGCUCCUCUAAGCAUUAGGGGUGAAUUGCGGAAGAGAGGUGGGGAAUGGGUUGUCGGAAACCCCUGA